CAAUAUUCGACCCGUUCGACUAAAAUAAUGCAUCCAGAUUGGAAAGAUACCAAAUCCACGUCAGACACCAGUGAGUCGUUUUGCCCUGCAAAAACAACGCAGUCGUGCGGUGUCUCUUUUUGGUUUGCUGCUGUGUCGCAGUGUCGUGUACAGAUGCCAUGUACGGCGCGAGAGCCAAAAAAGAGGCAUGUGCUUCGUCCAUCCUGCUUUAUUUUCUGAAGGAGCAUCAUCAUCAGCACUUUUGAUGAUGAGGAUGCAGUGAUGAAUCACUCAAUCGUUCCCUCAAUCCUCCAUUUAAACGAGAGGACACUCGAAAACCCGAUUGAUUACAUCCACUAGAUUGUCUCACAAUCUAAUAUACGCUUAUCCACAACACACACAAUCACUCCAACUCUUAUCCAAUAACUAACAAUACAAAAUGAUGAAAUUUUCGCCCUUCGUUCUUGGACUAGUCGCCAUUAUGGCUACGUCGACUUCUGCUUUUGUUCCAUCGUCGAACAGAAUGCUUUCCAAAACUCUACCAACUCAAAAAAUUGGAAACAACAAGAGCAUCGAAUCUGUUCUCUUCAUGGCUGACGAAAACGUGAGUGUGAACAAAAUCUUCAAAGAAGCCACCAGCAUUAUGCGGUCGAAUCCUKAAUAAUUCUGAUCGGUUUGCACAAAUUAAGUUUCUCAUGGCUUCAAUUCUUCUUCGUCUAAUUUUUUUGCCGAACAGGAAACUGAGUGGAGUGCGCCCACCUCCGCAAUGAUUGGCGGAGCCGGUGUGAACAACGCCGGAGAACCGCCUUUUGAAAUCCGUGGGUUUUCUCUUGGAAACCUUGUCAUUUUCUCUGGAAUUAUGAUCACAAUCCUUUCGUUCGCAGAAUACCUCAGUGAUUCGGGUGCGGAUGGUUUGAAUGUAUCUGGUUUGGGAUUCGUCUAUGGAAUCCCCGUGUUUUUGGCYGGAGCCGCCCUGAAAUACGCCGAGAUCGAACCCGUUCCGUGCAUAUCCAGYCCAGCUGCCGAACGCAUUUUYGACGAUAAGGCAACCGAAAUCAUUGCCAAAAUCAAGCAGGAUGUUACGAGACAUCGAUACGGAGACGAAGCUCACUUGGAUACGACCGUGAAAAAGCUGGGUCUGGUUGUUCCGGGAAAAGAUUAUCCGCAGCUCAUGGAACUCAGAGAAGAUGUUGAAGACGGGGAACUCACAUUCACAAUGGUAUGGCAAUCAAUCGACACUCCUUACAAGAUGUGGGCCGACGAGCGACGAGUAAAGAAAUACGAGACAUUUUUCGGACCCGGAGUUGCAGCAGAGGUUGUCAAGAUUGAUGCCGAACAACGACUUGUCGGAAUCAAGUUAACAACAACGUCCUCCACUCCUGCUGUAGCAGCAUAAGCGACACACACGCUUUUCUUUCUUUCGACAAAUGCAGUCGAGAUUAAAAUUUAUCAUACCGUACAAUAGAAUCACACCAUUUUC